GCAUGCUGAUAUACAGUGUGAUAUCAUGUUUAUACAACAGUUCAAUGGAACAAGUGGCUAAAUACAUAAGAAACAACAAUGGAGUGUAUUUAAAAACCCUCAUUUGUUCAGAGCUACUUCCUUUCGCCACGGAUUGAAGCCUCCAUUAUUAAUUCGAAAACAUUGAUUAAAGGGUUAGUUCACCCAAAAGUAGAAAUUCGUCCAUGUUCUACUCACCCUCAAAGCAUCGUAGGUGUAUGUGACUUUCUUCUUUCAGAAUAAUCCAACCGGAGUUAUGUAAAUAAUUGCCCUUGCUCCUCCAAGCCUUUCAAUGGGGUAAGUGGGUGUUUGUUGUCAACAGUUCAGAAGACAUGAAAUAAAGUCAGUGCAUCUGUAAUAACUCAUCAAAAUGCUGGUCACAAAUUAGAAGCACAAAACGAGGAUUUGUAAAGAAAAACAUUGGAGAGUUUGAUAUAAGCCAAGAGAAGAAUGUUUUUCCUUUGCUAAAGUAAGGACACUUUGUUUCCUUUGCUCCUACAUUUCCUAGAAUCGCUUGACACAUACAGUACAUCUUCCAUCUUCCGCCUGCACAUCUUCGGGUUCCCAACAGUCAGCAGAUAGCCGUGUGACAAACAUCCCUGAGCAAAACGCUGGUCACAAAUUACCCCAUUGAAAGGCUUGGAAGAGCAAGAACACUUUUUUUAAUAUAACUCUGAUUGGAUUAUUCUAAAAGAAGAAAGUUACAUACACUUUGAGGGACAGACAGGUGCAGGAAACAACUGGGCCAAGGGCCACUACACGGAAGGAGCCGAGCUGGUGGACUCUGUCCUGGAUGUGGUCAGGAAGGAGUGUGAGCACUGUGAUUGUCUGCAGGGCUUCCAGCUCACACACUCCCUCGGCGGAGGAACCGGAUCGGGAAUGGGGACUCUUCUGAUCAGCAAGAUCCGAGAGGAGUAUCCAGACCGCAUCAUGAACACCUUCAGCGUCAUGCCUUCACCCAAAGUGUCCGAUACGGUGGUGGAGCCCUACAACGCCACACUGUCGGUGCAUCAGCUGGUGGAAAACACAGAUGAAACGUACUGCAUCGAUAACGAGGCGCUGUACGAUAUCUGCUUCCGCACGCUCAAGCUCACCACACCCACGUACGGCGAUCUCAAUCACUUAGUGUCGGCGACUAUGAGUGGCGUCACCACUUCGCUACGGUUCCCCGGACAGCUGAACGCAGAUCUGCGCAAGCUAGCGGUCAACAUGGUGCCUUUCCCUCGCCUUCACUUCUUCAUACCCGGCUUCGCGCCGUUGACCGCAAGAGGAAGUCAACAGUAUCGCUCGCUCACCGUGCCUGAACUCACACAGCAGAUGUUUGACGCCAAGAACAUGAUGGCCGCUUGUGACCCAAGGCAUGGGCGGUACCUCACGGUGGCCACCGUUUUCCGUGGCCCCAUGUCUAUGAAGGAAGUCGAUGAGCAGAUGUUGGCCAUUCAGAACAAGAACAGCAGCUAUUUCGUAGAGUGGAUCCCCAACAACGUUAAAGUGGCGGUGUGCGAUAUCCCACCCAAGGGACUGAAGAUGGCCUCCACUUUUAUCGGCAACAGCACGGCCAUCCAGGAGCUCUUCAAACGCAUUUCCGAGCAGUUUUCGGCAAUGUUCAAACGCAAGGCCUUCCUGCAUUGGUUCACUGGCGAAGGAAUGGAUGAGAUGGAGUUCACCGAGGCCGAGAGCAAUAUGAACGACCUGGUGUCGGAGUAUCAGCAGUACCAGGAGGCUACGGCCAAUGAUGGCGAGGAAGCAUUUGAGGAUGACGAGGAAGAGGUGAACGAGUGAACGACAGAUGCACGACAAUUUUGUAAGCUGUGAUUUUUACGUUUUGUAUGUGGAUGACUGAAGUCCUAGUAAACAAAGCGUAAUUGCAAUAAAUGCAUUUUGAGGACCACAUGCACCUGUACUGUCUAAGUGAACAUUCUUGGUUUUUGUCAUUUGCUACACUUAGACUUGUAAUACACUUGGAAUUUAUUAAUAUGGCUAUUAAUGAUGAGAACUGUGAACUGUUUAAAUCAAAUUAUUAAUUUAAGACCACUCCGAAAUGUUUUCCAAAAUGUACAAAUCUAGUUAAAUUGUAUGGAAUGUUCACUAAGCGUACUUCGAAUCUUAAGUAAUUUUUCCAGUAAAAGCAGUUUUUACAAUAAAACGCUGUAUUUGCAUAAAAAUUAUACAAUUGAUGAAAUAAAAGAACACUUAAAGAGA